AUGGACAUAGGAGUAGAUUCCGGUAGCCCCGAAGACAUUCAAACACAGGUCCUCCAGACGACUCUUAACGAGAUAGAAAGCUCACGACAAGACCGCACGGGUUCAGCUUCAGGAAAUUCCAAGGAUUCUGACUGCUCCUCUUCCUCCACCUCCCGCUGCUGCGUCGUGUGCCUCGAGUCCGUCUCCGAGCCCUGCGCUGCCCUUCCCUGUGGUCACGACCAUUUUGACUUUCUCUGCCUCGUUAGUUGGUUGCAGGAGCACCCAAACUGCCCGCUAUGCAAAGCGAACGUCUACAAGGUCCGGUACACGGACGGCCAGAAAGCUGAUGCCAUCUACCGUGUGCCUAACGCACCUCGAACCCGCGAUAAGUCAGUUGGGGAUGGAGAUGGGUCUCGGGCUACGGAGGAAGCGGCGAAUUCGACCUUGAUGCGAAGAAGGUUUGCAGGUCGAAACGGCUUUCUGCGGGAAGCCAGUCCAAGACACCCAAGACCUCCCCCAACUGAGGACGAAGCUGUUCGGCGCCGACGCCACAUCUACAGACAUCAGCUCUACUCUCUCCACGUAGGAUCCAACCGCAUCUCCCAAUACCGCCCGGCCCCGACCGCUGUCCAGUUCGCGUCCACCCCGCAUCUCGUCUCGCGUGCCCGCCUCUGGAUCCGCCGCGAGCUGCAAGUCUUUCCGUUCCUCUCUGACACUGCCGACGACAACACAUCCCAAGCGCGACGCCACAGCCAUAACGCGGAGUUCUUACUCGAGUACAUAGUCGCCAUCCUCAAAACGGUUGACCUCCAGGGUAGUACUGGCCAGGCUGAAGCCAUGCUGGCCGAUUUCCUGGGACCUGAGCACGCCCGUCUGUUUCUGCACGAGCUGCGCACAUGGCUGCGAAGUCCGGCUGUUGGGCUAGCGGCCUGGGAUCGCGAGGUGCAGUACCCGGACCCAGAUCGACAUUUCAGCCCUGUUGAGGAGGUUGAGCGGGAAUAUGGAGACGGUGAGCGCGAGUAUGUUGGUGAUAGGCGUGAUCGAGGGAGCGGAAGGGGCCAGUCGUGGCGUGACCGUGACGGUGAUCAUUGGAGGGCCGAUGGGAGGGGCAAGAAGAGGAAGCGGAACACAGCGGAGCCUAAGGUUGACCACGACGGUAAAGAAAGUAGGCUCAGGAGGGAAACAUUGCCAGAUAGUUGA